UUUUUUGGUCCAAUGGAAAGAGAAGGGCAUCAAAUCACCAACAAUUUUUCGAAAAAGAAACAACUAGUACUAACCUUGCUCUUUACAACCAGUGUUUACUUUUUACCGGGAACUUCUUGAGAGCUGAGAGGGUGGAUCUUACGAUCUACUACGUAAUAUAUCAGGAGUCAAACUUUUUGGAGAAAGACAAAGAUGGCGGAAGAUUUGGUAUUGGACACUGCAAUCAGAGAUUGGGUGCUUAUACCGUUAUCGGUAGUUAUGGUGCUCAUCGGAGUCCUCAGAUACUUCGUAUCGAAGCUCAUGCAGUCAUCUUCUUCCCAGUCACCUGAUGCUAAAAUCGUCAAAGAAGGGCAGGCGAUAAUAAGGGCUAGGAAUUUGAGGGCAAAUGCCAAUUUUCUUCCUGCCAAGUCUUUUAGAGCGAGGCGAUUUUAUUAUAGCAAUGAGGAAAAUGGGUUACUUGUUGUUCCUAAAGGACAAGCUCAGAAUCCACAAGCGCAAAUGCUUUCUGAUCCUAACAUGGCUAUGGAUAUGAUGAAGAAAAAUCUGUCAAUGAUUAUACCUCAGACCCUUACUUUCGCAUGGGUGAACUUCUUCUUCUCAGGGUUUGUAGCAGCAAAAAUACCAUUUCCAUUAACUCAAAGGUUCAGGUCAAUGUUGCAAAAUGGGAUUGACUUGAGUACAGUUGACGUAAGCUAUGUUAGCAGUCGAUCUUGGUACUUCCUCAACCUUUUUGGGCUGAGAGGCCUAUUUAGUCUCAUUCUGGGAGAGGAAAAUGCUACAGAUGAUACCCAACGCAUGAUGCAAAUGAGUGGAUUUGGUUUUGACCCAUCAAAGAGUUUGGGUGCAGAGAAGGACAAUUUAGACAUAUUGCAGCAUGAAUGGGCAUUGCCUAAAUUCGAGCAACGAGCGGAAGCUGUUUUGAGGUCAUUGCUCAACUGAUUUUUCAUACAUACAUUGAGUUCGAUACACUUAUGCUUCAUCCGUAGGAGUCGUUUGGGUUGGCUCCCUCCCCCCUUGAAUCUACCUCGGCUGCUCACAAUGGUUGAGAUCUAUUGGAAGGAAAAUUAACAGCGGCUUCAUGGAAUGGGCAUCUGAAGCUUCCUUAGUUUCUUGAAGUAGUGAACUUGAUCAUUUUAGCGGAAUCAAAUUCUUUAUUUUUAUUUGUCUUAAGAUCUGAUAUGCUGCUGCAUUUAUUUAGGUACAUAUUUUAUACUAUCGUAUUUUGGUAUGAAUCAAUUCAGUGCAUCUCAACCUCCAUGCUGAGCUUAAUAGCCCAUUUGAUAGGGAUAAAUGGAUAAGCGUUACCGAAAUGACUGGUUAGAUUGUGAAGCCAUGAUCAACAUGUUGUUAUGUUCCUUUAUAGUCGUGAAUCUUUGUUUUAUUAUAUCUUUUGUUAUUAUUAAAGAGUAAAUUAAUAUGGAGUAUGAUAAAAAAUAAGAGCUGAAAAAGGUUGCAAUCAAAAUAUCAAAUGAUCCGGAGUUUAUGGAAGGAGUUACUCAAAUGAUCAAAUCUAAAGUGGCAGACAAUAGUAGGGGUGGACUCGGGCCGGGCGGCCCGGCCCAGAACCGGACCUGCCCGGUACUGUUUGGGCCCGGCCCGGUACCCGGUCUUUGAGCCGGUUCGGGACAACCGGAACCGGUCAUUUCCCAGUGCGGGCUCGGGCCCCCUAAAACGCGAACCGGCCCGGUUGGUCCGGGUCCGGUUCGGGCCUAAUUUUUUUUUUUUUUGUUUUUUUCAAUUUUAUUUAUUCUACCGGGUUGGGUUUGGCCUAAAUACAUUCUCUCUACAAUCUAAAAUUUUCUGAAUUUGAAUCUUCGCACCCAAUUUUCUUUUUCAACAAUUCUCUUAACAAUAUCUUAUUAUAAUGUCUAAAGCAACCUGGCACAUCAUUCAAAUAAACUUCAAAUAAAUUAAUCAUUGGAGAUGCCAAAACAUUAUAGAAUUUUCACUACACAAAACAAAACUUAUUUGUCCAACUUUUUCUCACUACACAAAACAAAACUUAUUACCGAGGGCGUAUC